AUGGCCGACACUGAAAUCCCCACCGGGCCGACUCCUAUGGAAGUGGUUGACGAGCAAGGCUCAGGCCUCUCAAAUCCCUCUGGUAAAGCGAAAGGUCGACAUCGCGUGCUCUGUGGUGUCCAACGAAUGUCUUCCUCGCCUGCUCUGGCGAGGAGUAGCCGUACUAGAUCACACAGCAAUCCUCAACGCAUGCGUGGUAACGUUUCCUGCGUGAGCUUGGCAGGGCCUUCAACCGCGGGAACCUCCUUCACUGGCGACUCUUAUUUUCCCUCAGGCGCAACAGCAUCUGGCUAUGCCAGUGCCUCCAGUUCCGUUCCAGGAACACCAUCCAGCGAAAUUAUCCAAUUCGUGGGCAUUGACGGCCGACUGGCUAUUCGCCGAGUCGACAAUGUCUUUCCCACUACGCAGUCCCCAGGCGCACAAACCAUAGGCCUCCCAUCCGAUCUGAGGACGACUAGCAAAGCUCAGGUUGCCAACCCCGCGGUCCCCAAACGCGGCUUCAACUUCUGGGAGAAUAUGCCACACGAAAUGCGCGUGCACAUUUUCUCCUACCUGUCACCCAAACAGCUUGUACGAGCUUCGCGCGUCAGCAAAGCUUUCCACAAGAUCUGCUUCGAUGGGCAACUGUGGACAUCUUUUGACGCCACGGAAUUUUACCAAAUCAUCCCGGCUGAAUCACUCGCAAGAAUUAUCGUCGCCGCUGGACCGUUCAUCAAGGACCUCAACCUAAGGGGCUGUGUUCAGGUCGAACACUACAAGAGGGCCGAGGUAGUUGUCAAGGCUUGCAAGAACUUGGUCAACGCGACGCUCGAAGGAUGCCGCAACUUUCAGCGAAACACGCUACACAGCUUGUUGAGAACGAACGAUAAGCUCGCCCACCUCAACUUGACUGGUUUGACAGCGGUAACCAACAUGUCCUGCAAAAUCAUUGCCGAGUCAUGUCCGCAGCUGGAGAUGUUCAACGUGUCGUGGUGCGUGCAUAUGGACGCAAGAGGUAUCAAGGCAGUGAUCGAAGGCUGCCCGAGGCUGAAGGAUCUGAGGGCAGGAGAGGUCAGGGGAUUCGACAACAUAGAAGUCGCCGAGACGUUGUACAAGACGAACAGGCUGGAAAGGGUAGUCCUCAAUGGCUGUGCCGAGCUGAACGAUCGCGCGCUCAAGAUCAUGGUCCACGGAGAAGACCCCGAAAUCGACAUCCUCACCGACCGACCGAUCGUUCCUCCGAGGAAAUGGCGUCAUCUCGACCUCAGCCGUUGCUCCCGUCUUACUUCGCAAGGUGUGAAGGCUCUGGGAUACAACGUCCCGGAUCUCCAGGGCCUGCGCCUGUCCGGCUGCACCGCACUCACUGAUGCCGCGCUGGAGCCCAUCUUUGCCUCGACUCCGCGUCUCACGCACCUCGAACUCGAAGACCUCUCGGACCUGACCAACACCCUCUUCUCAGAACACUUGGCCAAGGCCCCGUGUGCGCCUUGGCUGGAGCACCUCUCCAUCAGCUACUGCGAGAACCUCGGCGACAGCGGCGUGCUCCCGCUCGUCAAGAACUGCGUCAACCUCAGGGCCAUCGACCUCGACAACACCCGCAUCAGCGACCUCGUCCUCGCCGAGGCCGCCUACAUGGUGAGCAACCGCUCCCAGAGCAAUGCCGUGAAGCCGAAGCCCAAGGUCGGCCUGCAUAUGGUCGUGUACGACUGCCAAAACGUCACCUGGACCGGCAUCCGCGAGGUCCUCUUCCGCAACGCGCAGUCGAAGCCGUCCAUGUCGGAGAUUGGCAAGUUCGCCUACGCGUCCGAGGCCAUUGGGCUCAAGUGCUUUUACAAGUUCCAAAUGACCGUGGACGAGCACAUGAAGCGCGUGCUCCGCGGGGACCUCGCCGCCGCCAACCGCCUCGAGCACCGGUGGGCCGAAUACAUGCAAGCGAAUGAGGAAGCGGGGACCACCGGCGCCGGUCAUCGCCGGCGCAGGCGGCGGGCGAGGGAGGCACAGAUGUUGCAUGCUGAUGAAGAAGAGGGCGGCAACGGCGGUCGGAGGCGGGGCCGAACCGUCGGGGCGUGCACGAUCAUGUAG